AGCGCGGAGCACUUUCCUGGCUGUAGCCGACAACUCUCAGCCGCUUGGUUUGGACAGCCUGUCCGAGGCUGCGGUGCCCGAGUCCUCCGAGGAGAGCAGCGAGCUGAGCGCUCCCUCCUCUUCCCCUUGGGCGUGCGUCCUUCCCCCUCUGCUCAGACCUCGCAGCAGCGGCGGGACCAGCCUCCGCUCUCGGCGCCGCUGCAGCCCGUUCCUGUCAAAUUGUCUUUCCAGCCCAAACCCAGAUGGUGAAGAUGGAGUGCCUGUGACAAGCAAAGAUGCUCCACCUUCUCCUGGUCCUGCAUUGCUUUAUGAAACAUUUGCGCCUUACUGUGUUACAAAAGGAAUCCUCCUGUCUCCAAUAGUUCCCGGGCAAUGGCUGCUGAUGUUUACAAGAAGAAAGACAGAGAUGUGCCUGAUGGAUUAUUGGUCCCAGGUGAUGGGCAGCAUGCUGAGAGGUCAGAGAGCCCUACGCCAGGACUUGCUCAGGGCACAGAGCCAGGGGCAGGUCAGGAGGGAGCCAUGUUUGUUCAUGCUCAGUCUUAUGAAGACCUAACUGGCACAGAUAAUCAGGAUGCAGCUCCUCAAAGCUCAGAUGAGAGAGAAGAAAGCCAGAGUGAUCAGACAAAGAUGGAGGAAAUCAGCAAGGACUUCAGUGAACUGAGCACACAGCUUACUGGUAUUGCACUGGACUUAGAAGAAGAGAUAAGACAGAAUCAUGAGGGCACCGCGGAGUUCUCACCACAGGCCUCACGUCGAGAUUCAGUCCUGUCAGGGAAGGAAGAAGAAGACAUAACCAUGGAUGCUUGGCGCAUGCAUCAGAAACAUGUCUUUGUUCUAAGUGAGGCAGGCAAGCCAGUGUAUUCCCGCUAUGGGUCUGAAGAAGCCUUGUCUAGCACCAUGGGGGUGAUGAUGGCUCUUGUUUCUUUCCUCGAAGCUGAGAAGAAUGCUAUCCGGUCUAUCCAUGCAGCAGAUGGGUACAAGGUGGUGUUUGUGCGCAGGAGCCCCUUGGUGCUGGUCGCUGUGGCUCAGACACGACAGUCAGAGCAAGAAAUUGCCCAGGAGCUCCUCUACAUCUACUACCAGAUGGUCAGUCUCUUGACCUGGACACAGCUCAACCGCAUCUUCCAGCAGAAGCAGAACUACGACUUGCGAAGGCUGCUGGCAGGCUCUGAGCGCAUCACAGACAACCUGCUAGACCUAAUGGCUAGGGACCCCAGCUUUCUGAUGGGAGCCGCUCGUUGUGUGCCUAUGGCAGCGGGAGUCAGGGAUGCUGUGAGUUCCUGCCUCCAGCAAGCCAAAGCUAAAAGCCUGGUGUUCGGCAUCCUCCUCUCCAAGAACCAGCUAGUUUCCCUGGUGAGGAAAAAGGAGCAGUUCCUGCAUCCAAUUGACCUCCACUUGCUCUUUAACCUCAUUAGUUCAUGCUCCUCAUUUAGAGAAGGAGAAGCUUGGACUCCUAUCUGUCUGCCCAAGUUCAAUUCCAGUGGUUUCUUCCAUGCCCACAUUUCCUACUUAGAGCAAGAUGUGGACUUGUGCCUUCUCCUGAUUUCCACUGAUCGUGAGGACUUUUUUACCAUGUCUAACUGCAAGCGCAAGUUCCAAGAACGCCUGAAGAAGCGAGGCGUUUAUCAUGCCCUCUUGGAGGCACUACGCACUCCUUUCUAUUGUGCCUCCCAGGUGGGACUCCCCGACCUUCGACACUUCAUCUACAAAUCUAAGAGUUCUGGACUCUUCACUAGCCCAGAGAUAGAUGCUCCGUACAUCACAGAAGAGGAAAAGGAGAGGCUUCUGGGAUUGUAUCAGUAUUUACACAGCCGGGCCCAUAAUUCCGCCCGUCCUCUAGCGAACAUCUAUUACACUGGAUCAAAUGAAAACCUUCUGGCUUGGGUAACUAGUGCAUUUGAGCUUUAUGUAUGCUUCAGCCCUCUGGGAACCAAAGCAUCAGCUGUCAGUGCUGUCAACAAACUUAUGAAGUGGAUCCGCAAGGAAGAGGAUCGGCUCUUUAUAUUAACACCCCUGACCUACUGACUGCUGCUGCGGCUUGUGCUAUCUGCCCAAUGGUUACUGAACUCCUCAGUGCCAGUGAAUGUCCAAAAGAAUUUCCUCACACUCCUAGUGGGAUUCUGGACUUUCCUCUAUGAGAUACAUUCUUUCCCCAACCAUGAACUGGGUUCACAGGGAACUGGGAGAGAAGAAGAUGCAGGUCUGUGGGUAGCAGAGCUUUCCACCCACAGAUGGUAUCUGGGAAGGAGGCUUACAUUUCAGUUUGCAUUAGAUUUUAAACUAUUGCAUCUGGAACUGAAACAUGCUAUCCUACAAAUGCUAACCAAGGCUCUCUUCAUCCUGGAUGUAAAAUGCCUUUUCUGCCAUUUCUUGCAUUUCUUCUUUGAGACUGCCUUAAAAAAAUCCAGUCCUUACCUCUAUUCUGGUGAUAGACAAAGUGUUCUUAGAUGGCCAAGAUGCAGAGGAAGCACUAAGUUGUUUAUCUGAUCCAUACUCUUUACAAACUCUCCAAAUACUCUCACGUAAUCUGUCUUAGAUGGGGGCAUCCACCUAGCUCUUUAAGGUGUACGCAGGUCUUCCCUAACCUGGUGGCCUGCAGAGGUUUUGGCCAAGAGCUCCUGCCAGCAUAAUCAGUGGUAACCCAAAGCAUCUGGAGAUUGUUAAAUUGGGGAAGGCUUGUACAGGUAAUCCAAAUAUCAUGUGCCUACUGGAUAGGAGGGUGUUUUACAAAUAGUAUACCCCCUCAAGUGUUUCCCUUUGGAAUUGGCUUAACUGACAACUUCCUUCUAGUUUUAAACCUGACUAAAAUGUCAGACUUGUAUAACCAAAUUCAUUAGUGUUUUACAUCAUAUCAUCACAUACAACUUUUUGUUGAAUUAUUCUUUUUUUAGUACAAAAAAUGUGCAGAUUCAAAGAGUGAGUAAAGCACUCUGCCCAAAACAACAAGGAACUCUUAUCUGUUGAAUGGUUGUUAAUUUUGAUUACUCAAUUUAGACCAAGGGUUUAUUUUAGACCAAAUCUUUAGACCAAGAGGAAACCAAAACUCAGCUUUGAUUCACUGAAAGUCAUAAUGAUUUAAACUGGGAGGUUACAAUGAUUAAGUAUAUUUUCACAAUGAAGCUCAAACUGGUUUUCCCUAUAUCUGUAUAUAAUGCAAAUAAAAUGCCUGCAGUGGCAGCCUUUUGAUUUCA